AUGAACACCAUCCAAUAUGAUCCCGACUAUCUCUGCGCCAUUGCUCUGCAGUUCAGCGAUGACAACCACUACGAUGAUCGUCAUGCUGCUUCCCAGAUCGCAGGGCCAGGCCAGCAGCAUCCGCAAAUCAAUCCGAUCCUCGAUGCACUUGCUCGACUCAUCGUCAACAAGCCACAGGGCCAAGUAGUCGCAAUUGCUUCCAUGCUCGACCAACACAAUCACGUCGAGUUGUACGUUGCAGUAAAUCCCGCCGAUUCAAGUCUCAACAAGACGAUCACCGCCCAUCUCGAAGAUAUCUGCACCCGCAUCCUCGACGUCCGUACCGCCCUCACUAACUCUCCCAACUGUCCCGAUCUUCUCCUCAAGCUAUACAAGGCUCCGCAUUGCUCACUCUCCGAUUCCCGGGAAGCGCCGGCCUUUGCCUCUCUUCGCGCCCUCGAGUUGGACCUUUACAAGUAUUCCAACAAGCGCAUUUUGGCGAACUUCAAGAAGAAUAAACGGAACGAUAGUUUCAUCUACAUCUUGGACUGUAUCGAAGAUCCCGCUACUGCAAGACAUGCCUUGUCAGAGCGCGAUCGAACAGCGUUGGAGCGUCUUCGAGGCUCUGAGGUUACGCAGCUAUACCUCCCCAAACUCCGAUGGGCGAUCGAUAACCUCACCAAUCUGUCGGAUGCCAAUCUUGACGACGAGGCUACGUUGGUAACCUUGCGCCAAGUUUCCAUUUUGCUGGACCGCGCCGCCCACUGGCUCAAGGACGACAUGGAGCACUUCGACAGCUUCAUUGCUUCAUAUCUCAUACAGGCUGCGACACGAACCAAUCCCAAUGCUCUUUUCAAGGCCCCCAACACGCGGAAAUGGCUGAAGAAAGUGUCCUUCGUGACCUCCGAGUUUCGGAUCUUAGCCCAGCUGUACAACAAGGCAGACCUUUCCGCUAUGUUCGGCCCCCGUGUUUCUGUGCACUUUGUUCCUGACAAUCUCCAAGUCCGGGCUGCCAAGCGAAGCGAUCUCACGGCGGCCUUUACAAUCGCCAAUAUCACAGAGACUUUCGACAUGGUGAAGGACGAUGCAGACGACUUUGUGGCUUCCCGCCCAAAGAAGUUUAUGCAGUUGGUCGAACAGGUCAAGGAAAAGGCAAUGAGCAGCUUAAGCUAUAAACACGUCAACAUCGACGAUUGCUACGCUGAGAAGAACCGGAGCGCCUCCGGGGACAUUGUCGCAGACAAAGAGCGCUUCCCGGCGGGCAUGAACGACCUUACUGACAAGAUCCACGGCAUGGGACUCAAGGCUGGCAACAACGAGGCUAGAGACGCGAAGCUUUUCCAAGACUGGGGCUUCGAUUACCUGAAGUUCGACAACUGCGCCGAGUACAAGCGCAUGGCGGACGCGAUCGCGGCGCUCGCGCAGAGCUCCGGGAAGCCGCCGCUCAGCCUCUCCCUCUGCGAAUGGGGCGAGGAGCAGCCAUGGCUGUGGGCGCGGCGGUUCGGGCAGAGUUGGCGGACGACGGGGGAUAUCAGCCCGGACUGGGGCUCGAUCGCGAGCAUCAUCAACCAGAACUCGUUCAUCGCAUGGGCGUCCGACCUUUACGGGCAUAAUGAUAAGGAUAUUCUCGAAAUCGGGAACGGCGGGCUGACACACGACGAGGCGAAGAUGCACUUCACGGCGUGGGCGCUCAUGAAGUCGCCGCUGCUUAUUGGGACGGAUCUCUCGACGAUCAGCGAUGCGGACCUCGCGAUCCUCAAGAACACGGAGCUCCUCGCGCUCAGCCAGGACGCGGUCGUCGGCACCGGCGUCGCACCGUUCCGGUGGGAGAUUAACACCUCCGAAUCCGCGCGCCCGCGGCCGCCGGAACAGGACGUCUCGAGCUCGAGCGAAGGGACACUCGCCAGCAGCACCAGUCGGCCGCGUUCACGCUCGCCGUCCCGCACCGUGCUCGACAACCUCGCGCGCGCCGAGCAGCGGCUGCAGGCCGUGUACGCGCGUAUGGGCCAGACGUUUGGGGAGAUCGCGUAUCCAACGUGGGCGGCCGCUACGCCCCAGCCCCAGCUACCCGUGGCUGCAGCGAAGGACUGCGUACCGCUGGCGCUGCAGCCAGCACCACUGGCAGCGUGCGGCGAGGGCUUGCCAGCGGGGCCGCCAGCGCAUGCGUGUCCUACGACUCCUGCCGCCGCCGCCGUGACACCGAGUAUCGGAUCCGGAGGGGUUGCGUCUUCGUAG